AUGGCAACAGUCUCGGUGUCAACACCUCUCAAAAGCCAUCAUGGUCUCUUUUCCACGAAGACCGCAGGUGGCAGAAUACCUCUCACCCCAUCCCCCAGACAGAGAACGGUGAGCGUCACCACCAACAUCUCCACAACCUCUUCACCCUCUACUCCUCUUCGCAGAGAACAAUCGAUCCACAAGUCAGACCCAUCCACCUUUUUCUCUCGAUCCAUCUCAAGGUCGGUGUCCAAGUUUGCCUAUGCCAAUUCUCCCAAAUCCAAUAUUGCCAAAGGCCGGCAGUCACCCAAGCAACUAGAGCUGGGUGUCUCAGAAUGGACAUUGACAGGCACUGGGCCAAGCACAUCUGCUACACCGUCAAGAGAGAAGGCCAAGAAAGAGACGGUCCUGAGGUCAAGAGCGGGCAAGACCACAAUCAGACUGCCAAACAACACCGCGGACCGAUUCAUCCCCAACCGAGGUGCAAGUGCCGGUCUGGCGACUGCCGGUUGUGGCAAGGCGGAUGAGAACACUCGACCUCGAACUGCUGGAGAUGGGUCCAUAGUGCUCGCAAAUGCUGCCAGUGCCAGUGCCUUUGAGAUCUCUGCACGAGGUGCAGAUACCGAUAUCACAACUGCACUAGAAGGCCUUGGUCUUGAAGACGACAACACCACCUCAUCUUACACUCGGACGAAUCCCGACUCCAGUGCUUAUGAAUCAUCACUAGCUUCCGCAUGUGGCAUCUCAACGAGUCAACGUAUUCUUGAAUUCAAGCCCGCUCCUCCGGAAUCAUCCAAGCCGAUUGACCUCCGGUCACAAUACAACCGCCCAUUGAAGCCAGCAAGUGCUCAAUCAGCUCAGUUCCGUCGACGCAUUCAAUCCGCGCCCGAGCGAGUACUAGAUGCACCUGGCCUUGUCGACGAUUAUUAUCUCAAUUUGCUCGACUGGAGUUCGGGCAACCAGGUCGCCAUUGGGUUGGAGCGCAAUGUCUAUGUCUGGUCCGCCGACAGCGGCACGGUCAGCUGCCUAUUGGAGACCUCGCCCGACACCUAUGUCAGCAGUGUCAAAUGGUCGGGCGACGGCGCCUACGUUGGCGUGGGUCUCAGUUCCGGGGAAGUCCAGAUCUGGGACGUGGAAGAAGGAACGAAACUCCGGAGCAUGUUCGGUCAUGAAACUCGGGUAGGUGUGAUGGGAUGGAACAAGCACACCUUGUCAACAGGGGCAAGAAGUGGGCUCGUCUUCAACCAUGACGUCCGGGUCGCCCAACAUAAGGUUGCCGAGCUGGUGUCCCAUACGUCGGAAGUUUGUGGCUUGGAAUGGCGCAGCGAUGGCGCGCAGCUGGCGACGGGCGGGAACGACAACUUGGUGUCGAUUUGGGACGCACGCUCAUUGGCUGCGCCCAAGUUCGCAAAGAAGAAUCACCGUGCGGCGGUCAAGGCCCUUAGUUGGUGUCCCUGGCAAUUGAACCUCCUGGCCACUGGUGGCGGGUCGUACGACCGCCAUAUUCACUUUUGGAACACGACGACAGGCGCACGAGUCAACAGCAUCGACACGGGAUCACAAGUGACAAGUCUCAAAUGGAGCAAUCACUACCGCGAAUUGGUGAGCUCAGGCGGCUUCCCAGACAACUCGCUGAGCAUUUGGAGCUAUCCGACUUUGGUCCGAAAUGUGGAGAUUCCCGCACACGAGACUCGAAUCCUUCACAGCUGUCUUAGCCCUGAUGGACAGAUGCUGGCAACGGCAGCGGCUGAUGAAAGUUUGAAGUUCUGGAAAGUCUUUGAGCGGAAAGCGGGCGUCAGUGCGGCAGCGUCCAGGGAGGGCGGCGUCGGCAAAGGCGGCGCGAUGGCGAAGCAGAUGACCAUUCGAUAA